AUGGGAAGGGGUGACUUUGCCCUGCUCCUCACCCUGGCCAUGGUGGCAUGUGUCACCCCCGAGGAGAAGAAGUGCCUCCUCUCCGGGUCCUGGAGGAGUGACACGGGCUGCAGGAUGGUGGUGUCUGCCCUUGGCAAGGACGGCAGCUUCUCUGGUUCCUACCUGCCGGGGCCUGCUGCUGGUGGCUCUGAAAUCCUUACCUCGCCACUGGAGGGGUCCCAGCAGGAUGUGGGGCUGGUCCCACAGCCCAUCUUCUCCUUCACAGUGCACUGGCAGCUCCAAGACUCAGUGACAUCCCGGAUGACUGCAUUCCUGGGCCAGUGCUAUGUGGGCACCAACGGAGAGGAAACGCUGCAUGCCCUGUGGCUCCUGAGAGAAGCAGCUGACAGCCCUGCUGAGGACUGGAAAGCCACCCGGAUCGGCACCAGCGUUUUCACCCGCAUAAAAUAA